UGCUGUUCGACCUUACACCAUUCCUUAAUAUCCACUUUAUCUCCCAAACCCAAUUUCGAAAGCCCCUCUUCACCAACUUAAAACCUUAUUAACGUAUUCCAACAAUCAGAUAAUUUCAAUCAAACAAGAAGAAGCCUUCCAAAUUAUCCAAGAAAUCCAAGAACCAUGAUAACACAUAAACAAAGAAGAACAGAGAAAGGACUCUGCUUUAAACACUACUUCAAAUGGAUCGUCUGUUUUUCAUUCACUCUCUACUUUCUCGUUUCCUUCUUAGUCGAUCAUGACCAAGAAGACCUUCCUUUGUCUCCUUCUUCUUUGUCCCGACCAAACACUCUUCAAACUAACCCAAAAACCAAGUUUAUUGCUUCUCAUGCCGUGUUUGAAUCUAAAAUCCAUGAUCACACACUUAUCUUUCCCCCACAACGUCCAAACAUCAGAACUGAUGUAUUCAACAAUUUGAAAAUAUACGUCUAUGACUUGCCUUCCAAGUUCAACACAGACUGGUUAGCCAACAGCAGAUGCAGCAACCAUCUUUUCGCGGCCGAGGUGGCUCUUCACAAGGCGUUGCUGAGCCUCGAGGGAGACGUACGGACGGAAGAUCCGUACGAAGCGGAUUUCUUCUUCGUCCCUGUUUACGUCUCAUGUAAUUUCAGCACAGUCAACGGCUUUCCAGCGAUAGGUCACGCCAGAUCACUCAUCAAGGAAGCAAUCGGGCUCGUCUCAGCUCAAUACCCGUUUUGGAACCGAACCAGUGGCUCUGACCACGUCUUCACCGCCACACACGACUUUGGCUCUUGCUUCCACACCAUGGAGGAUAGAGCAAUUGCUGAUGGGGUACCAAUGAUCUUGAGGAACUCUAUAGUUUUGCAAACUUUUGGUGUUACGUUUAAGCAUCCAUGCCAAGAAGUAGAGAACGUUGUGAUACCACCGUACAUCUCGCCGGUGAGUUUGCGCAAGACGCAAAAGAAUAUCCCGGUAACUAAGGAGCGAGACAUUAGGGUUUUCUUCCGGGGCAAGAUGGAGAUUCAUCCCAAAAACAUCAGUGGACGCUUUUACAGCAAGCGUGUAAGGACGGAGAUAUGGAGGAGUUACGGUAGUGACCGGAGGUUUUAUCUCCAACGACAAAGAUUUGCUGGUUACCAGUCAGAAAUUGCACGUUCUGUUUUCUGUUUAUGUCCUCUCGGGUGGGCCCCGUGGAGUCCGAGACUUGUUGAGUCGGUUGCACUUGGAUGCGUGCCCGUUAUCAUCGCCGACGGUAUCCGUUUGCCGUUCCCUUCUGCCGUGCGCUGGCCGGAUAUCUCUCUCACGGUCGCGGAGCGAGACGUUGGGAAACUCGGAGAGAUUUUGGAACACGUGGCGGGGACUAAUUUGUCCUUCAUACAGAAGAACCUUGAGGAUCCGUCUGUUAAGCGGGCCCUAAUGUUUAAUGUCCCUCCGCGAGAGGGAGAUGCCACGUGGCAAGUUUUGGAGGCUUUGUCGAAAAAAUUGCAUAGGUCCGCUAUAAGAUCAAAUGCUUUUCUGUGAACCAAUUUGUUUUUUUUUUGUCUUCUUUUUCACGGGUGUUAUUACUGCUUUUGAGAGUUAGUGUAUCAGAAAUGUAGCAAAGUAAUUGAUAAAUCCUAAUUUAGGAUUGAGCUUGGUGAAGUGGAAAAACAAUCAA